AGCAACAAAGGAACCGUGAACACAGGCGCUCGCCCGUCCGCAAGCGGUCUAGCCCGGGCGGUCAAGCACAAAAGGACGCAAAAAAAGGGAGAGACACUUGGUCGAAUGGCAGCCAGCGAAGGGCCAACCGGACCUUCAUUUGCUGCUCCGCUGAGGCCACUUUUGCACUCCAAGACUGCAGAUUCUGUUCAGCGCCCGCGUCAGCCCCAGCCCGGCGCUCCAACAAUCUCGAUCCAUCCUUCUCCGCCGCGGACGUCGCCUUGGAUGGCCUCGCUGCCGUGUCGCCUUCAGCCAGAACCGCCCGAUAUCCACACCUGUCCUGCUGAGCUCAGCGUGCCGGCCGCCGCGCUUUCGAUGCGAGUCCCGUCUUUACCCGCCCGGUCUGCAGCUCAGGGAGAUCGAACAGCCGCACCGCGCACUCGGAAAGCAUUGACCCCGUCGUGUACACGCACGCGAGGCCUGCCCCAGUUCGUCGGGCCCAGAACUCGAUCAGACUCGCUUCUCUGAACGAGUGCAUCGCAUCGUCUCGUCGUCGCCUCGCUGCCGCGCCCGUUUGGCCGCCACCUGUCGAUUUCCCCCCGGUGCCCGCUGCUCAGGCGUGAGGCCUGAUCCUCUUUGCGCUCCGCCCGGAGGGGGCCCUCUUCACGGCGUGUUCACCAUGUCGCAGGAGCUCAAGAGUGACGCCGAGACGGCGUCUCCUAUGGCGGAUCCCCCGCCUCCCUUGACGAGGGCGCGCGCUUUCGUGUCGCAACCCGUCGUAGCCUCCUUCAUCGCCGGCGGCGUCGCCGGUGCGGUGUCCAGAACCGUCGUCUCCCCGCUGGAGCGACUGAAGAUCCUGUUUCAGGUCCAGAGCGCGGGCCGAGAUGCGUACAAGAUGUCGAUCUGGAAGGCGUUGGGCAAGAUGUGGAGAGAAGAGGGUUUCAAAGGCUUCAUGGCUGGCAAUGGCACCAACUGCAUCAGGAUCGUGCCGUAUUCUGCCGUGCAGUUCGGAGCGUUCAACUUCUACAAACCUUACUUCGAAGCCACACCAGGACAGCCUCUGAGCCCCGAGCGGCGACUGGUGUGCGGUGCAUGCGCUGGCAUCACUUCUGUCACGUUUACCUACCCGCUCGACAUAGUACGGACACGUCUAUCCAUACAGUCCGCGUCCUUUGCAGAGCUGGGCACAAGACAAGCCGGGCAGAAGUUGCCCGGCAUGUUCGAGCUUAUGGUCCUGAUGUACAAGAACGAGGGAGGAUGGAAGGCGUUGUACCGGGGAAUUAUACCGACGAUCGCCGGCGUGGCUCCCUACGUAGGCCUCAACUUCAUGGUCUACGAGUCGAUCAGACCGCAUUUUAUUCCUGAUGGCCAAGCAAAUCCAGGAAACUUUGGCAAGCUCGCCUCGGGCGCGAUAUCAGGCGCGAUAGCGCAGACAUGCACAUACCCUUUUGACGUUCUGCGAAGAAGAUUUCAGGUCAAUACAAUGUCUGGUAUGGGCUACCAGUACAAGUCUGUCUGGGACGCCGUAUCCACCAUCAUCAGACAAGAGGGCUUCCAGGGCAUGUACAAAGGAAUUGCACCAAACCUGCUCAAGGUUGCGCCAAGCAUGGCCGCCAGCUGGUGGACUUUCGAGACAGUUCGUGAUCUCAUGGUCUGGCUAGCUCCGGAGCAGCCAUUGUGAACAAGGUCGAUCUCCAUGUUGCGCUGGUCCCACUGAAACGGAUCGACAUGGUUGCCUCUUCAAGCACUACGAAGCCAGGGGAAACGCGCCGUCAAGAACGCACCACAGCCGCGGACGCAAAAUGAUUUUUUUUUGAAAUCCUUGACCUGCGCACCUUGACCACCUACUUUACACAUGCAUAUAUCACCAUUGCAUUUAGCUGGCGUUUACGAAGGGACUGGCAAGGCAUUGCAAUCGCCUCAAUCCCCGCCACCUUCGUUGAUUUUGGAAAGCGUUCAUAACACCGGUGGAGGAACGCAUUUACAUCGGGAAAAAAAACCUACAUUAGAAAGAUCCUGGUCCCCUUUUACACGUUAGCAUUGUCGCGACGAUGGCUCACGGUAACGAAACGAAGGGGUGAACAUAGAUGUGACAGUACUCUUAUAGAGAGAUCCUACGUUUUCGCAUGUCUGAUUUUGCUUUGUAGAUUUACCAUCAUUUCAUUGUGUGUUGCGACGUGAGAUGAGCGCGCCUUUUUUUUUUUCUUUUUUUUCUUCAAGAAAAAAAAAGACGUGCAUUCCGCUCUGCCAUUCCCAUUGUCUUUUCCUUUACCUUCUUCCACCAAGGAUUUCGCAAUAUUUGCAAAGAUUGGUUUCGGUAGCAGCGUCAGUACCGUCUGAAGCCGGUCCAAUUCUCUCAGAAACUUCCAAGCCACGGAACUAGCUAUGCACAAAAAGGUCAGACAUGC